AUGAAGGAUUCGAAUACAUUCCAUAUCUUUGGUCAAUCCUUAGCUGGUUUUGAGACUGAUGAUGUUCCCUCGGAUUCUACCAAUCAAAGUCCAUAUUCGUUGGAGCAACAGAUAGAUCUUGUUCAUGGUUGUCUACUAGAGCAAAUGAGUGGUUCGUCAGUACCAUAUAAAAAUGUGAUCUUGAUUGGACAUUCAGUCGGGUCAUAUAUUCUUCUAGAAACCCUUACCAAACUUAUCGCACCUUCCACCAUCCCUUCGAUAUCUGCAAUUUUAUCAGGAAUCCUUCUCUUCCCAACUGUUACGCAUAUCUCCCGCUCUCCUUCAGGAACCAAACUCACGCCGUUAAUGUCAAUUCCAAACUUUCCAGUCUUGGCAUCAUCCACUGCUAAAAUGCUUCUCUAUUGUGCUCCGAACGUGGUUCUAGAUUUCCUAGUAAAGACAAUUACCGGAAUGCCAGAGGAGGCAGCAAAAGUCACCAUAAGCUUUUUGAGAAGUAAAAAUGGUAUAUGGCAAGCUUUACACCUUGCACGUGAUGAAAUGAACACUAUAACAGAAGACAAAUGGGAUUCAGAAAUAUGGGGUGUUGAGCAUUCUGAAUCGUCACAGUCUAACGUUUCUCCUCCCAAACUAAUCUUUUACUUUGGUGAAAAUGAUCACUGGGUAGCAUCUCAUACUCGCGAUGCGCUCAUUGCUGCACGAGCUUCACCUAUGCCAACGCCAGCCUAUUCUACUUCUUCGUUUUCUAUCAAGGAAACUAAUAAGCCUAUCAUGAUGAUUGAUAAAGAAGGCAUUGAUCAUGGAUUUUGUAUCAACCACAGUGAAACUAUGGCGGCAAAAGUAAAGGACUGGAUCAAGGAAAUAGUUAAAGGUACAUAA